GGACCUGGAGGAGGCGUCCCAGAAGGCGGCGCCUCUCGGAGGAAGUUGGUCCUUUAACUGCAGAGCCCGCUACCCGUCGCUUCAGCCUCCAGAAGCGAGCGGCGGGCACGCACCGGAGUCGCCAGUGCCGCCUGACGUGUGGGCCGGCCCGCCACUGCGCUCAGCACCCGCGCUCCCCGCAGCCAUGGGCGCCUCGGCCUCCAGCCAGCUGGACGAGGGCAAGUGCGUCUACAUCCGAGGGAAAACUGAGGCUGCUAUCAAAAACUUCAGCCCCUUCUACAGCCGCCAGUACUCGGUGGCUUUCUGCGAUCACGUGCGCAGCGAAGUGGAACAGCAAAGGGAUGUGACAUCACAGCUCUUGAAGACCAAGCCACCCUUGGAUCCUGGCACUGUUUUAUAUGAAGCAGAACUAUCACAGUUUGCUGAAGACAUAAAGAAAUGGAAGGAGAGAUACGUCGUGGUUAAAAAUGAUUUUGCUGUGGAGAGCUAUGAGAACAAAGAGGCCUAUCAGAGAGGAGCUGCUCCUAAAAGCCGCCUGCUUCCAGCGGGAGGCAAAGUGUUAACCUCAGAAGGGGAAUACAAUUUAUUAUCUGAUCGGCAUUUCCCAGACCCUCUUGCAUCCGCUGAGAAGGAGAACGCCCAGCCCUUUGUGGUCCUGCCAAAGGAAUUCCCCGUGUACCUGUGGCUGCCCUUCCUCAGACACGGCUACUUCUGCUUCCACGAGGCCGCGGACCAGAAGAAGUUCAGCGCUCUCCUGAACGACUGCAUCAGACAUGUCAACCACGAUUACAUGAAGCAGACCACGUUUGAAGCCCAGGCCUUUUUAGAAGCUGUGCAGUUCUUCCGGCAGGAGAAAGGUCACUACGGCUCGUGGGAGAUGAUGACUGGAGAUGAAACCCAGAUCCUGAGCCACCUGGUGAUGGAGGAGCUGCUGCCAACCCUUCAGACAGACCUUCUGCCUAAGAUGAAGGGGAAGAAGAAUGACAGGAAGAGGGCCUGGCUCGGCCUCCUGGAGGAGGCCUACAACCUGGUCCGGCAGCAGGUUUCAGAGGGACUCAGCGCCUUGAAGGAGGAAUGCAGAGCCCUGACGAAGGGCCUGGAAGGAACCAUCCGCUCCGACAUGGAUCAGAUCGUGAACUCAAAGAACUUUCUGACUGGGAAGAUCAAAGCGAUGGCGGCCCAGCCCGCAGAGAAGAGCUGUGCGGAGAGCGUGCAGCCGUUCCUGGCGUCCAUUCUCGAGGAGCUCAUGGGGCCCAUGAGCUCGGGAUUCAGUGAAGUACGCUCGCUCUUUGAGAAAGAAGUGGACGAACUGAGCCAGAACUUUCAGACCAGCAAAGACGGCGCCCAGCUAAAGGAGCAUCUGGACCGGCUUAUGAACCUCCCGCUGGAUUCCGUGAAGAUGGAACCUUGUUACGUCCAAGUCAACCAGCUUCAGGAGCGCUUGCAGGACCUCAAGAGCCGCUUCAGGUUCCCCCACGUCGACCUGGUGGUGCAGCAGACACAGAACUGCAUGCAAGAGCUCAUGGGGAAUGCGGUAUUCACCUUCACACAGCUGCUCUCCCCACAUCUCGGGGCAGAGGCCUCCAAGACAGCAGUCGCCAUGGAGAAGGUUAAGCUCCGAGUCUUAAAGCAAUACGAUUACGACAGCAGCACCAUGCGGAAGAGGAUAUUUCAGGAGGCGCUGGUUCAAAUCACACUUCCCACCGUGCAGAAGGCCCUGGCGUCCACGUGCAAACCAGAACUUCAGAAAUACGAGCAGUUCAUCUUCGCAGAUCACACCAACAUGAUCCACGUGGAAAACGUGUACGAGGAGAUUUUAUACCAGAUCCUCCUCGAUGAAACUCUGAAAGUGAUAAAGGAAGCUGCCGUCCUGAAGAAACACAACUUAUUCGAAGACAACGUGGCCUUGCCCAGUGAAAGCGUGUCCAGCCUCACAGAUCUGAAGACCCCCGCGGGGUCAAACCAGGCCAGCCCAGCCAGGAGAGCCUCCGCCCUGCUGCCUGGAGCUGCUGACAGUGAGGCCGCGAACAACGAAGUAUUCCAGGAACCAGAGGAAGCGAAGCAGCCUGGGGUCCCCAGUCCCUUGGCCCAAGAGAAAAGCCUUUCUUUCCCAGGUGGGGACGGGCAGGUGGUCACUGCAAGCAUGGGUGGCCCUGUUGUGACUCUGGUGGCUGCAGAGGACACGGCAGCAGUCCCAGGCGCGCACCCGCCAGCGCCGGAGCUUGGAGGGACCCCUGAGAACAGAGAACCCGCCCGGGAAAAGCGGGAAUCCAUCUCUGCCUCAGGCUCCUUGAAGGAGCUCCGAGAUCUGUUGACGGUGACCAUCGAAGUGCCAGUGGAGUCUGCGGCCCCUGAGACCGAGAAAGAUGCACCUCAGGAGACCCUUGUGCCCCAAGAAAUUGAAAAAGAAGAAGAAACAACCCCAGCCUGCCCAGAGGCCGAUCAAACAGCUGCCUCCAGCCAGGACACCUGUGAGGACGGUGGAGUCAGGGAGAGGGAGGCCUCUUCUCCUGCUGCUGCAGAGGCCGAGGCUGAGGCCGGUGGGGCAGAGUUGGGGGGCUGUGCAGAGGCUCAGCCAGCCUGCAGAGAGCUCAGCCAGGGCGACAGCGGCCCGGGCACCACAGAGAAGCACGCAGAGGCAGGGGAGCCCAGUGGGAGGGAGCCCCCAGGCGAGCCUUCCAGUCCUGGUGCCCAGGAAGGAGGUAUGGCCAUACCGCAAGGAGAUUGCAAUGUAAGUUCUGAGCCCAGCGGCCCCGGGGAGAGCCAGGGCUCUGUGGAAGAGGAGGUGGCGGGAGGGGAGGGCGGCAAGGCCCAGGCAGCUGCCAGCACAGGUGCAGAGGAGAUCAAGGAUGCCCGGGUUCACGAGUGUCAGUGGGUGGUCGAGGAUGCUCCCGACACCCACAUCCCAGGUCCCCAGAAGGAGGACGAGAGGGAGAGUCCCCCAGAGCCGCCCUCAGAGGAGUGAAAGGGACGAUUUGGCAGAAGCAUUUCUUUGAACAGACUGACCCCCAAUGGGUUAGUCACGGGUACAUUUAGGGUUGGCAUGUGUGUUGUUACCAAACAAAAAUUUGUGAAGCGCUUCCUUAGUUUGUAUUGAAAUCAGAUGGAACGCACAGAGGGCGUGAGCACAGAGGCACACCUUUGUGGAAUCAAACGGCUCCGCCAUGAAUUAUUGCUUUUUCAUUUUAAUCAGAAUUACAAAGGUGAUGCAGUGCUUGGGAUGAGAGGGAGCUGAGGGUGCCCGAGGGUGGGAGCGGGUGUCGCAUUGGGGACUCAGAAAGCAGCAGGAGCACAGUGGUCAAUACACUCUGCACAUUUUCUUCUAAUGCACUUUAGGGCUUUUCAGUUCUUCGUAAGGAUGCAAACACGGGCUGUAAAUCCAGCUCCCGAGUCUACUACACCCACCUCACUGUCCCUUAAGGACUCAGUCAUUGUUCACGGUCUGGCUGGUCUGGCUGGCCCGGCUGCCAGAAAGCGAGGGUGGCCAUCGGCAGUGCCCUGCUGGGUGCAGCCCCCGCAGAGCCUGAGGGAGGGCAGAGGCCGCUGAGCAGAAACCGAGGCAGGCUGUGGUCUGCGGGACUGCCCGGGCCUGUCACUAACUCUGCUCUCCACGCCCUGUCAGUGGAUCUUGUGGACUCUUCUUCAUUAAUCACCUUUUGGGGAAAUUCAAACGAGGCAAGAAAAUUUCCCUUGCUCAUUGAAGCGUUCCAAAUUAGCCUUAGGCUAUGCAGAGAAAGAGCUUAGCCAAAUUAUUGGGUGUGAAGCCUACCAAUUAAACAAAUGUUACUGAAACAGCUACUCUUUGCCUCAUGCUGAGUUAAGCAUAAUACCAAAAAAAAAAAAAAAAAAGAAAAGAAAAAGAAAAAAGAAGAAGAAGAAAAAGAGAUAAGGUGCUUUUGUUCAGUAUAAAUUAAAAGGCUCAAAAGGAUUUAAGAAAAUGUCAGUUUUCAAAUGAUAAGCUUUCUGCGCUGCCAGGAAAGCUGUCUGUCUUUCUAUUGAAGCAGUCCUGGUUCACUCCCAGAAGGGAAUAAAGUGAAUAAAUGAAUAAAGUGAAUUAAAAAAGAGAGAGAGAAGAAGAGAGAGAGAAAAGCCAAGAUAUAGCCAUAGCAUCAAGCUCCAAAGAUGUUACCAAGGGCAGAGAUGACUUGUUCAGUCAGUUAGCAGGUUAAUGGAGUCUGUUAUGUCCCAGGCACUCGAGCCCUGUGCUUUAAAAGAUCUGUUCCUUUCUUCCAGAACCUACACUUUAGCAGAAAUAGACACAAAUACAUCUUCCACAUCGAUUGCCACCUAUGCCUGUUAACGGUACAGGUGGAA